GGUAAACAAAAUAUUACGUAGGUAGUUCGGACAUGGCUUGCAGUGCGUCGACUACAGCUCUGUUGAGCCUCCAUUCGCACCCAUUAGGGCCACCAUUUCAUCAACCCAAGAGACUACAAACCCUCUUCUCUAUCUCCCACUUCAACAAGCCACACUCGUUUUCAAAAACCUUUUCCUACUCGUGCAACGGUCAAUUUGGAUGUCCUAUAUUUACGAAAAUGCCCUCGCUCUCCGGUGCCAUGCUCAGAUCGAAGGUUCGAGCGUCUACAGGGGAUGAGGCAAAGUCGCUUGCUCCAGACGCAGCAUACCAAGAGGUCUUCGCUUGGUCUUCUGUUAUUUUACCGUUUGUCUUCCCAGCCUUGGGAGGUUUGUUAUUUGGAUAUGACAUCGGCGCAACAUCUAGUGCCACCCUCUCAUUGCAGUCACCAGAACUUAGUGGCACAACUUGGUUCAACCUCUCAGCUGUUCAACUUGGUCUUGUUGUUAGUGGUUCCCUUUACGGAGCGCUUCUUGGUUCCCUCCUGGUUUACCCAAUUGCAGAUUUCCUUGGGAGGAGGCGUGAACUCAUCACAGGAGCUUUAUUGUAUAUGCUUGGUGGUUUGAUCACAGCCUAUGCUCCGGGCCUCGGGGUUCUCUUAUUAGGAAGGCUUCUCUAUGGUCUUGGUAUUGGUUUGGCCAUGCAUGGGGCUCCUCUCUAUAUUGCAGAAACUUGUCCAUCUCAGAUUCGCGGGACUCUAAUAUCAUUAAAAGAGCUCUUCAUAGUUCUGGGGAUUUUGUUGGGUUACUUUGUUGGAAACUUUCAGAUUAAUGCAGUUGGAGGGUGGCGUUACAUGUUUGGGCUUAGUGCACCAAUAGCUUUGUUAAUGGGGUUAGGUAUGUGGGGUCUCCCACCAUCUCCACGCUGGUUGCUUCUACGGGGAGUUCAAGGUAAAGGAUCUUUACAGGAAUACAAAGAGAAGGCUGUUUUUGCCCUGAGCAAACUGCGGGGCCGAUUUGCUGGUGAUAAAGUCUCUGAGAGGCAAAUAGAAGACACCCUUGUCUCCUUGAAAUCUGCCUAUACAGAUGAAUCGGAGGGAAGUUUCUUGGAAGUGUUUCAGGGGCCAGCUUUGAAAGCAUUUACAAUUGGAGGAGGGUUGGUUCUCUUUCAACAGAUAACUGGGCAGCCAAGUGUUCUAUAUUACGCUGGUCCAAUCCUCCAGACUGCUGGAUUCUCUGCGGCCUCUGAUGCUACUCGAGUUUCCGUCGUAAUUGGAGUGUUCAAGUUUCUGAUGACAAGCAUAGCCGUCCUAAAAGUAGAUGAUCUUGGGAGAAGACCCUUGCUGAUUGGAGGCGUCAGUGGAAUUGCCUUGUCGUUGUUUCUCCUUUCAGCUUAUUAUAAAUUUCUUGGUGGGUUUCCACUUGUUGCUGUAGCUGCUCUGCUCCUCUAUGUUGGCUGCUACCAGAUAUCUUUUGGGCCUAUCAGUUGGCUUAUGGUAUCAGAGAUAUUCCCGCUUCGCACGAGAGGUAAAGGGAUUAGUUUGGCAGUUCUUACAAACUUCGGUUCAAAUGCCAUUGUAACUUUUGCGUUCUCGCCAUUGAAGGCGUUGCUUGGGGCAGAUAACCUCUUUCUCCUUUUCGGGGUAGUUGCUUUGGUAUCACUUGUGUUUGUAGUAUUUGUUGUCCCAGAAACUAAAGGAUUGAGCUUGGAAGAAAUUGAAUCCAAAAUCUUGAAGUAGAAACUGGAGUGGCCGAAAUUAUCACGAUGAACUCCCGGUUACCAGAAAUUCUCUUUAAUCAGUCUCGCAUGUUUCUCAGGUGACCUUGGAAGGUGUAUUCCCGCCCCCAUAAAUUCAUUGUAUCAGUAUGUAACUUUUCUUCUUAUGAUGUACUUCAAAGAAUUUUCAACCGUCUCUGUUGAAAACUGGCUUUUAGUUUGCAGUGUUGAACUGAAAAUUGUUCUGCAGUUGGCAAAAUUUCUAACAUGUGUAAGCGAGUAAGUAAAAACAUUUCCGGGAAA